AUGGCUGAGGACCUGAACAACUUUUACUGCAGGUUUGACCUGUGUGAUCACACUAAGGAGAGAGAUGAGCUCUCUGCUGAGCUCUCCUCCAUGACCCUCUCCACUGCUAACCUGCAGCUGCUGCCUGAGGAUGUAGAGCGCACCUUUAGGGGGAUUAAACCCAAUAAGGCUCCGGGUCCGGAUCUGAUCUGUGGGCGUCUGCUCAAAAGAGGGGACCAGCAGGAGCAGAGAGGGGACCAGCAGGAGCAGAGAGGGGACCAGCAGGAGCAGAGAGGGGACCAGCAGGAGCAGAGAGGGGACCAGCAGGAGCAGAGAGGGGACCAGCAGGAGCAGAGAGGGGACCAGCAGGAGCAGAGAGGGGACCAGCAGGAGCAGAGAGGGGACCAGCUGGAGCAGAGAGGGGACCAGCAGGAGCAGAGAGGGGACCAGCAGGAGCAGAGAGGGGACCAGCAGGAGCAGAGAGGGGACCAGCAGGAGCAGAGAGGGGACCAGCAGGAGCAGAGAGGGGACCAGCAGGAGCAGAGAGGGGACCAGCAGGAGCCACGUGGAGAGUCUGCUCCAGCGUCCAUGGGAAAAGCACAGAGCUGGUCGCUCAUGUUGCUGAGCCGCUGGAGGUUUGAAAUAGCUGAAGUGGUCAAGCCGGAUUGUUCAGGGGUGACUGAAUGCCAGGUCAACUCGGAAUUCAACAUAAUUACUGGAAAAACGUCCAUUGGAGAAUUAUUUACUUCUCUGGAUGGUUUCUACCUUGGCUUUGAAGAAGUUUUCACCAGAAGGACAGAAUAUGAAGGCAAACAUUCAAAAGCAAAAGGUGAGUUUGCCUCAUAA